GUAAGAGGUCGUUGAAGCCAUUAACAGCUAUUCACCUAAGUUCAUUUAUUGCUCCACCAUCAAUUUUCUCUAUAUUAAACCCCUUGCCCAUGGCGUGCCCUUUCAUGCAUUUCUUUCAAUUUCUGAACCAGUCACCUUAAUUCUCUCCUGCUGUUUCUCUCUCAAGAGUCUCGAGUCGUUGCAUAGAAAUGAGCAGCAUCUUGUCUUUGGUCACAGGGUGGCCUGGUCCAAGUGGGUUCGGCUCAGCUUCUUCUGCCGAGCAGGUUACUGAAGGGAUUGAUGCUUCUCAUCUCACAGCCAUCAUCACUGGUGGAGCUAGUGGGAUAGGGUUGGAGACUGCGAGAGUGUUGGCUCUUCGUAAGGCUCGUGUGAUCAUAGGAGCCAGAAACAUGGAGGCUGCAAAUGAAGCAAAGAAAAUUAUUCUUGAAGAGGUUGAAGAUGGCAGAGUGGAUGUUCUCAAACUUGAUUUGGCUUCCAUCAAAUCUGUCAGAGAAUUUGCUCGUAAUUUUAUUGCUCUUAAUCUUCCUCUUAACAUCUUAAUAAACAAUGCAGGUAUAAUGUUCUGCCCUUACCAGCUCUCUGAAGAUGGAAUAGAGAUGCAAUUUGCUACUAAUCAUAUCGGUCAUUUCCUCUUGACAAACCUUCUACUGGACAAGAUGAAAGAAACUGCAAAAACCACUGGCGUUGAGGGAAGGAUAGUGAAUCUAUCAUCAAUAGCCCACAUCCAUACUUAUGAAGAUGGAAUUCAAUUUGAUGACAUCAACAAUCCCACAAGUUACUCUGAUAAAAGGGCAUAUGGGCAAUCCAAGUUGGCCAACAUACUCCAUGCCAAUGAGCUUACCCGUUGCUUUCAGGAAGAGGGUGUGAAUAUUACAGCCAAUGCAGUCCAUCCAGGAUUAAUUAUGACUAAUCUAAUGAAACAUUCUGCAAUCCUAAUGAGAAUAUUGAAGUUCUUUAGCUUUCUGCUAUGGAAGAAUGUGCCUCAGGGGGCAGCAACCACAUGCUAUGUGGCACUUCACCCAAAUUUGAAAGGGGUGAGUGGAAAAUACUUUGUGGACUGCAAUGAGAUAAAACCAAGCACAUUUGCUAGGGAUGAGUUAUUGGCAAGAAAACUCUGGGAUUUUAGCAACAAGCUCAUUAACUCAUCUUCUAAAUCUUAUUAACUGAUUACUCUUUUUCAUGCCUUUAAUUUGUUAAAGCAGAAGAUAUCCACACAGUAUUAUUUCUCUAUUGUAAUUGGAGUGGAUUUAUUUUGUCAAAGAGGGAUGAUUUUGCCACCAGUUGGUAUGGCAAUAGCUUAGUUUGAAAUUUGGGUUAGGGCAAUAUAUUCAUUGCAGCAUUUUGCCAUAUUGGAGACAUAUUUUCCACCAA